AUGCAUAGGCUGGCUCUCACCUGCCGCGCCGCGGUGUUGAUCCUCCUGUUCCUGCCGUUCGGUGUGUCCGAUGACCGGCUUGUCCCCGGCAAGCCGCUCUCCCCUGGCAGCACCAUCAUCUCGGAUGGCGGUGCUUUCGCCUUGGGCUUCUUCUCCCCAAACAACUCCACCAGUACUCUGGCCAAGUUGUACCUUGGCAUAUGGUACAACGACAUUCCAGAGCUCACUGUGGUGUGGGUUGCUAACCGAGAAACCCCGGUGAUCAACAACUCUUCCUCUUCACCAGUGCUCUCACUCACCAACACCUCCAAUCUUGUUCUUUCUAAAGGCGAUGGCAGCGGCCGUGUCCUCUGGACGACGGCUAACAAGGCUGCUGCCCCGGGCUCGUCUACCCCUGUGGCGGUGCUUUUGAACACCGGCAACCUUGUUAUCCGGUCGUCAAAUGGCACCAUGUUGUGGCAGAGCUUUGACCACAACACUGACACAUUCCUCCCUGGCAUGAAGCUCGGGCUCAAGUACAACACGCGUGAUGGCGGUGAGCGCUUUGUAUCCUGGAAGGGCCCAGGCGACCCCUCGCCGGGCCGCUUCUCUUAUGGAGUCGACCCCAUCACGUUCCUCCAGAUGUUCCUCUGGGACGGGAAGCGCCCGGUGUUGCGCAGCGCCCCAUGGACAGGGUACCUUGUGAUGACCGACGGCCGAUACCAACAGGCAAAUGCUAACACGGAGAUCGUCAUCUACCUGGCCGUCGUCGACAACAACAAGGAGAUCUACGUCACAUAUAGCGUCUCCGAUGGCGCCCCGCACACUAGGUACGUGCUGACCUACUCCGGCGAGUACCAAAUCCAGAGCUGGAACAAGAGGUUGUUGGCAUGGGAAAUCUUUGGGAAGUGGCCCUCCCUUGGAUGCAGCCUAUACGGUUAUUGUGGCUCGUACGGCUACUGCGAUGAGACGACAACACCUGCCUCAACGUGCAAGUGCCUCGACGGAUUCGAGCCGGCUAGCAAGGAGGAGUGGAGAAGUGGCAAGUUCUCUAAGGGGUGCCGACGGAAGGAGCAGCUGAGCGGGUGCAGCGACGGUUUCUUGGCUUUGACAGGGAUGAAGCCGCCCGACAAGUUCAUACUCGUCGGCGGGGGCAAGAGUACGUUCGCGGAGUGUGCAGUAGAGUGCAACCGUAACUGCUCAUGUGUGGCGUACGCGCACGCUAACCUGAGCAGCGGUGGGUCUGGAGGAAACGUGACAACAUGUUUGGUUUGGGCCGGGGAGUUGAUUGACACGGGGAAGUUUAGCGCGGAAAUUGGCAGCAACACACUCUAUCUCCGAGUUGCUGAUCUAGAUGUGGCACAUGUUAAAAGGACAAAGAGUAAUGCAGCGAGGAUUGCGCUGCCAGUUUUAGCAACUGUUUUGGUACUUCUAUGCAUAACCUUUGCAUGGUUAAAAUUUAAAGGUAAGAGCGAAAAGUGGAGAAAACGCAAAAGAAAUUCAUUGGAUGAACUUCAUGAAGGAAACCCUCCCCAUGAUCAUGAAUUUCCAUUUGUAAGAUUUGAGGAAAUUGCCAUAGCAACUCACAACUUCUGUGAAACAUGUAAGAUUGGACAUGGAGGCUUUGGCAAUGUUUACAAGGGAACGUUAGGUGGUCAAGAAGUUGCUAUCAAAAGACUUAGUAGGGAUUCUCAACAAGGAACAAAGGAAUUCAGCAAUGAAGUCAUUCUAAUUGCCAAAUUGCAACAUAGAAACUUGGUUCAACUCCUCGGGUGUUGCGCGGACCAAGAUGAAAAGUUAUUGAUUUAUGAGUAUAUGCCUAACAAGAGCUUGGAUGCUACCCUUUUUGAUGACUCAAGAAAAUUGUUACUGGAUUGGUUGACUCGGUUUAAUAUAAUCAAAGGGAUUGCAAGGGGGCUUCUUUAUCUCCAUCAAGACUCAAGACUGACAAUAAUUCAUAGAGACCUAAAAGCUGGAAAUGUUUUGCUGGAUGCAGAGAUGAAACCCAAGAUAGCGGAUUUUGGUAUGGCGAGGAUCUUUGGCGAUAACCAACAAAAUGCAAAUACUCAACGCGUUGUUGGGACCUAUGGCUACAUGGCUCUUGAGUAUGCAAUGGAAGGCCUCUUCUCUACCAAGUCUGAUGUAUACAGCUUCGGUGUGUUACUAUUAGAGGUUGUAACUGGUAUUAGAAGGAACUCCAAUAGUCAAACCAUGGGUUUCCCUAGCCUCAUAGUCUAUGCAUGGAAUAUGUGGAAAGAAGGGCGGGCAGAGGAGUUGCCGGACCCAUCUAUCAUGGAUGCUUGUUCACUAGAUGAAGUUGCGCUUUGCAUCCAUGUGGCACUCUUGUGUGUCGAGGAGAACCCAGAUGACAGGCCGCUCAUGUCAAAUGUUGUGUUCGUCCUAGAGAAUGGAAGCAACACACUUCCGGCCCCCAAUCGCCCGGCCUACUUCGCGCGACGACGCAUUGAAAUGGAGCAAAUCAGAGAAGAUAUUCAGACUUCCGGAAACAGUUUUACUCUUACCGAAAUAGAGGGACAUUGA